AUGGACUUGAGAUCGCUCGGCUCCCUUGAAUUGCCUCUUAUGGCAGCCUUCCAUGUCCGUCUCCGCGAUGGCAAGUUAAGGGACCUCGUCACACCUGUAGUCAAGGAUGGUAGGGUUGGCACAGUAUAUGCCAUGCCAAAUCUUACGCCGCCGAUUGCCACUGUCGCACCUACACUUUCCGGUGACGAAAAACUACUAAAGGCGGCUGCCGUCGUAAUCUUUUUGGGUUCUCUCUUUCUGAAUCCAACUUUGACCCCAGAGUUAAUCGCUCAUGCCGCUGAGACGAGUGAAGUUUAUGGGAUCAAAUUAUAUCCAGCUGGUGUACACGCCAACUCAGCCAAUGGAGUAUUAGACAUUAUGCAAUACUACCCGAUUUUUGAGGCGAUGCAGGAACACAAUAUGGUUUUAAACCUGCACGGGAAGGCUGUGUCCUCAUCUCCAGACACUACGGCAUUAAAUGCUGAGCAUAAAUUUCUCCCUCAAUUACAUAAAUUGCAUGCCGCUUUUCCCCGCUUGCGCAUCGUCUUAGAACACGUGAGUACGAGGGCAGGACUGGAUGCCGUCCGUCAAUGCGGACCAACGGUUGCAGGGACUAUCACAGCACACCAUUUGCGGAUGACUACCGAAAACGCCGAGCAAGAUUGCUUCAACCUUUGCAAGCCUGUUGCCAAAGAUGUGACACUUGACGACCGCAUCGCACUUGUAAGAGCAGUAGUUGAAGGCUCUCCUAAGUUCUUUUUUGCCAGUAAAAGGAGUGAUUGUGCGCCACAUCCUGCUCAGGCGAAGAAUGAAGAUGGCGCUGCAGGUUGCCCUACCCAAGGAUCGCGUACUUCUCUUGUACUCGGUGCCUUGGAAGAGGGGCUGGAUCACGGAUGGAUCACUGAGAAAGAAGUCACGAUGGAAGCCAUCGAAAGCUUUCUGUCGAAGCAUGGCGGAGCAUUCUACCAGAUCCCUGAAUUCCUGAAGUCACGUAUCCAAUUAGAAAGGCGAGGCGAAACCGUACCGGAGUUGGUUACAUCUAAAGAUGACAGUGUUGAGGUUGUGCCAUUCCGAUGCGGAAAAGAAAUUUGGACUUUAACAUGGAUAAAUUGA